GGCCUGCUGUCCCUUAUCUGCACAGACAGCUCCUGUUUUGACCUGUCCAUCAUGGCGGCUCCAGUUACGCCUGUGGUCUCCGCUCAGUGGCUAGCUAAAGCUGUCAUAAGCAAACUCGUAGGUCCGAAACUCCGCAUCCUGGACAGCUCCUGGUAUCUACCGAAAACCAACCGGGUCGCUAGAGAGGAGUUCAACCAGAAGCACAUCCCCGGAGCCUCGUUUUUCGACAUAGAUGACUGCUGCGAUAAGAGCUCCCAGUAUGACCACAUGCUGCCGACCUCCAGCGACUUCUCCCGGUAUGUGGGAGACCUCGGCAUCGGGAACGACACCCACGUUGUAGUCUACGACACCAGCGACUUCGGCUCCUACACCGCGCCUCGUCUGUGGUGGAUGUUCCGGGUGUUCGGGCACGGCUCGGUGUCGGUGCUUGACGGAGGGUUGAAGAACUGGCUGGCUGAGGGUCACCCGGUGACCUCCGACUGCAGCAAGCCGGAGCGUAGAGACUUCCAGGCGGAGCUCAAUCAGUCCUGGGUGAAGAGCUUUGAAGAUGUGAUGGAGAACAUCAAGACCAAGAAGGUCCAGGUGGUGGACUCCAGGUCUUCUGGCAGGUUCCAGGGAACCGAACCAGAACCAAGAGAAGAUGUUCUGCCCGGGCAUUUCCCCGAAACCAUAAACAUGCCUUUUACCUCUUUCCUGGAUUCGACUGGAAAGCACCACGGCCCUGAGACCCUGGCCCAGCUCUUCAAGGAGGCCGGAGUGGAUCUAAAGAAGCCUCUGUGGGCUUCCUGUGGUUCUGGAGUCACUGCUUGUCAUGUGAUUCUUGCAGCUUACAGGCUUGGGUAUUCUGGGGUUGGUCUCUAUGAUGGAUCCUGGGGGGAAUUUUUCAAAAGAGCUCCUCCAGAGUACAUCAUUUCAGAGGGGGAGGGAAAGAAGGAGUGAUAACCUGGUGCAAAUAAAUUAGGUCAAUUUCUGAAGGAGCGGCAUUUGUUUUCGCUGCCAAGAAUAGCCUCAUAUUAUGGGAUUUAUGC